CUUAUUUCCUCGGGGAGAUAUUUCUCGCACCGCUUCGCCUCGUUGCUUCAGAGAGUCAUGAUGGCGGCGCGGGACGGUGGCGGGGCGGCGCGUCUCUUCGGGGCCGGCAACAGGCUGCCCCAGGAACCCAAGUGUCCACGCUGCAGGGUGAACUACAAGCUGAAGGACAUGAACCACUAUGUCAGCCACAAGCGAGAGCCCCUGCUGCUGUCAUGUGGCCAUGCAGUGUGUGAGUCGUGCACGGCCACCGCCACACACACCUGUAUUCUCUGCAAUCAGGUCACCACAUUCGACAAGAGUUUUGCCCCAGGGAAGCACCUCUACAUCCUUGGAGGCUUAUACUGCAACAGGAAGAAAGAGUUUAUGAUGAAUGCUUUCCACCAGCCUCAGAUGUUCCCACAGCCAAAGGUUAUCAAGAAAGACCAGUGUCAGGAGUGUUGCCAGAUCAAAGCCUCCGUUCUGUGCACCACCUGCACCUCCCAGCUGUGUGAGGCAUGCUUCAGGAAGAUCCACCUCCCACGGACUAUGAACGCCCACAAGUCUGAGCCAUUGCCGGAAGGUGGCCCAUGGACGAUGAGUAGGUGCAGGGAGCAUCCGGGUGAAUUCUGCUCCCUCCUGUGCCACACUUGCACCAGCGCCAACAUUGAGAAGUACAUCUGCACCAGGUGUCACAUCUUGGGACUACACCAGCAGCACGAAGUGAUUGAACUGGCAUACCUGAACUCACUGAAGAAGCCCCAGGUAAAAGCCGCCCUCACCCAGGUGGAGCAGAUGGUGGAGGAACUGCAUUCAGAGCGGCAGCAGAGGAGACAGUGCAAGGGCGUAAAAAAGAACAACCAAUAAAGAAAAAAAAAAACGCUGCUU